GAAAUUGAUAGUCAAUUCCGUCUAUCUUGCAAACUACUCCUGGCUAGUAUCAUCUUAUUAUUGCAAACCAGUAGUUCUAUUCAAACCUUAUCGCAGUUCUAUAAAUUAGCCUAUUCUAUCCGUUCACAAGUAACACAAUACGAAAAUAAAUCCAUACAAACACAAUGAAAAUGGAAGUGAACGUUAGACGAUUCAUGGUACCUUUUCUUCUUUUUGCAUUGUCAACAAGCUUCUUCUUCCUCGUAAAAGCUCAAAAUGUUUCUGAACCGGUACUCGACGUUUCCGGUAACUCUGUCCGUAAAGGAGCGAAUUAUUUGAUCGUUCCGGCGGGCCGGGGCAACUCCGGUGGACUUGACGUCGCAUCCAUUAGGAACACAACCAAUCUUCUCGUUGUAAGCCAAAAUACUCAAAAUUCCAGCGGCACUUACCUUCAAUUUUCACCAGUAAAUCCGAAAGAAAAUAACAUCAGAACAUCGACUGAUCUGAACAUCAAAUAUACGGCUAUGAUAAUAUCCGAUUUGUCCACAGUAUGGAGAAUAAACACUGAAUUAAUUCCACAACGUAAUUUGGUGACGGUUGGUGGAGUUGAAGGAAAUCCAGGGCGUGAAACAUUGAGCAAUUGGUUCAAAAUUGACAAGUACGAGGAUGCUUACAAACUUGUGUAUUGUCCUGGAGUUUGUGAGACAUGUAGACCAUUUUGUGGAGACAUUGGAAUACUUGUUGAAGGUAGCAAAAGGGUUUUGUUUGUCGGUUCUAAUCAACCUUUGAAAGUUAAAUUUGAAUAUAUAAACUCGGAUGAUCCCUGGGUUACAACUAAUCCAAGUUCCAAUCCCAGCAUCGCAGACAAACUGACAAUCUUACCCUUUAUCAAAGUUGUAGUGUGCAUAAUUUUUAUUUGUCACUCGAUAAAGGUGGCGUAGAAUUAGACCAAAAAGAACUAGGAACAGCGGCCGAGCUAGAGUACUGAGAACGGGUUCGGUCGAACCCAGUAGCUUUGGUUUAAACUCUGUAUUUGUUUUAAAAAAUUUAUUAUAUAUGUAUAAUUAUUAAUUUAGAAUCCAAUACCCUAAGGCGAUUAAAAUCUCGAACAAUAAACUUAAAAUCUUUGUUCCGCUUCUGACUAGGAAAAGUGAGGUCAUCAAUUAAUGCAUUAUCUAUUUGUGUAUGUAUUGUAGUUUGGGUUUACUAGGUAUGUAUAUGUCAAUUGUAAUUGAAUAUGAGUGGAUGUCUCAUUGUUUA